AUGUCGCGCCGGGGCUUCCCGCUUGUUGCGCCGCCUGCGGCAGUUCUGGUCGUUCUUCUCCUCGUCGCAGCGGCAGCUGGCGGCGUGCGCGGAUUGCGCGGGAAUGCGGCGCAACCCCGCAAGCUGGCUGUUGGCGGAAGCGGAGACUCUCCGCGGAGGAGAGCGGCGGAGCUAGUGAAAGAAUCCCCCCAUCAUGCUUCCGCAACGGCGGGGGCGCAUGUUCCGCCGCUGCAGCUGAUAAUUGCGGAAGAGGCGCGCGGAGGGCGCAGUGUGCUUGGACGGAUCGGCCCCUGGGGCGGCGCGUGGGCGCGCAUGCACCUGGGGUCGACGAAGCACACGCGGUCAGUGGGGGAGAUGCUGGAUAAGCAGAGCGGCAGCAUGCACGGCAUGCUCAGUGGCAGCAAGACCGUCAACCCUGAUUUCUACAACUGGAACGCCGUCUAUUUCAUCUACUGCGAUGGCGGCUCCUUCUCAGGCCACCAGGACCAACCCGUUCGCUUCAAUGUCAGUCACCUGCCCCUCCGCCCCUCUACUUCUCCGCCUCUCUGCCUUUCUGCCUGCUCGCCUCUCGGCCGUUUAACAUUCUCGUCUACUCGCCACCUCUCCGCUCUCGUCGUGCUGUUUCUUCCUUCUCGCCUUCCCCCUCCCGAAUCCACGUCCCUCCCCCCCUUCAACGCAUUCCCCUGUGGUUGUCUCGGGGUCCUCAGCGGGGGGAGUGGCACUACUGCUGCACUGCGAUCGAGUGAGGGACACUCUCACAGCCGCCUCUCCCUCCAUGCACGUCCGCUGCCUUGCCGAUGCCUCAAUGUUCCUCGAUAUAAUCUGAUCAUCAGCGUGUGUCAAGGAGCGACGGCUGGAGCAGCAGCAUCAGAUGAGGGCCAUUACAGCACCGGAGGUGUUGGGUUCGGGACUAACGGCCCCACCUGA